AUGGAGGACCACACCGAGCACCCUGAGCGCGCGAACGCGUCGAGCCUGGGCGCCUUGCCCCAGCCUCCGCCGGCUGUACAAGCGGUGACCUUGACCCUGGUGCCUCUCGUGUGCGCCAUGGGUGUGGCCGGCAACGCCAUGGUGGUCCUGGUGGUACUCCGGGGCCGUCACAUGGUCACGCCCACCAACUGUUACUUGGUGAGCCUGGCCGCGGCGGACCUGCUGGUGCUCCUGGCGGCCGGAGUGCCCACCGUCGCCGAGGCGGCGUCCGCCCGCGUUUGGGUCUUCGGCCACGCAGGCUGCCUGGGCAUCACCUACCUGCAGUACGUGGGCAUCAACACGUCCACGGGCUCCAUCGCCGCGUUCACGGUGGAGCGCUACCUCGCCAUCUACCACCCGCUGCGCGCCCAAACUCUGUGCCCCGUGGCGCGGGCCAAGCGCAUCGCGGCUUUGGUGUGGCUGGGCACCAGCGCCUACUGCGUGCUCUGGCUCUUCCUGGUGGACACACGCGAGACCGCGUACGCCGACGGCGUGCAGGUGCAGUGCGGCUACCGCGUGUCGCGCUCUCUCUACCUGCCCGUGUACUUCCUGGACUUCGCGCUCUUCUAUGCGCUGCCCCUGGGCCUGGCCACCGUGUUCUACGUGCUCAUAGCGCGCGUCCUCUUCGCGCGGCCGCUGCCUCCUGCGCACCCGGGGCACUGGGGCUCUGCGCACCAGGGCAGCCCCGCGGGCCACCAGCGCUUCUCCUGCAGGGGCAAGAAAGGCGCCCUCAACUCCCGGAAGCAGGUCACCAAGAUGCUGGCUGUGGUGGUGGUGGUUUUUGCUCUGCUGUGGCUGCCCUACCGCACCCUGGUGGUGGUGAAUUCCUUCCUGAGCCCGCCCUACCUCAACCUUGGCUUCCUUCUCUUCUGCCGGCUUUGCAUCUACCUGAACAGCGUGGUCAACCCCGUCAUCUACGCCCUUAUGUCCCAGCGCUUCCAGGAGGCCUUCCGGGGACUAUUUCAGUGCCAGCUGGCCCGGCCCAAGCUCUCUCCCCAGGAGGCCACCCCUGUGUACUACAGUGUCAUCAAAGACUGUCCCCAGAUCAGACUGGGCUCUUAGAGGGAACCAGGGAGCAUGAUGUGCAGACAGGAUCCUGGCACCUGAGGGCAGGCCCACUACUUUAUUUCUACUGAGGAGGGAGCGGUGGAGGAGGGAGUGGCGUCCAGGGCUGUUUAGCAGAGGUGCACAGGUUGUGCACUUUACAACCCUAGGGGUCACCGUUCACAUCACAGCCUAGAUUUGUAUAUUUAGUAAAACAAUUUCCCAGUUUAAUAAAUAGACAAAUCUAA